CAAAUUUAAGGCAAGACCUGUGUGGUAGCAGAGUGAACAGUGAUCUCUUGUUCUCUUCCUCAUUCCCCAUUCAAAAAAAUCCCCCUACUUUUCUGAACAGAACAAAAACAUUAUUGCAGUAAUGGGUAGUUUUACUUCCCAUUCAGACAUUGUUGAUUUCCUUGGAUUUUUUAGGGUUUGUGUUGGUUGUCUUCAACUUUUAAGACUGUAUAUGCUCACUCUUUCUGAAUGCCUACUGCAUUAAAAGUGUUUUUUAUUCCAACUACCUCUAUUUUAUUACUUUCCAAUAUACUGCAGUAUCUGCUCUUGGUAAUGGUCUUUUCCAAAAUCAGCAGUGACUUUUUGGCUACUUGACAAUGGUGAAAAGUUUCAAAGAAAGGUAAUCUUAUUUAUUUUUUAAGACCUUUUGACUGUCUUCAUCUUUUGUGAUUUGUCUCAUGCUUUGUCAGCAUAUGAAAUGUUGGCACCUGAGUUCCUUCAAGAUGUAAGAGUGUUCUUAUUCUUAUGUUGCCUCAGUGGUCUCCCAGUGGUUCCUGUAACACAUCCUUUGCAUUGUGUUAUAGAGCCUUUCUUUCUUUUUCUUUCUUUCUUUCUUUCUUUCUUUCUUUCUUUCUUUCUUUCUUUCUUUCUUUCUUUCUUUCUUUCUUUCUUUCUUUCUUUCUUUCUUUCUUUCUGUCGAGAGUUCAGCAUAUUCAGAGCAGUAAACAAACAGUAAUAUUUGGAACAUUGGAGAUCAAAAGGUGAUAUGUAAUUGGAGAAAAGGUGCUGACUUGGAUCAGUAGAAGAGAAUAUAUAGGACUCUGAAUAGGAAUACAUUCAAUGAGAUAAAAUUACUAGUUAAAUUCAAAUUUACAUGGCAGGAAAAUUGUUUUGAGCUCAGUUACAUCCAUUUAAUUUGGAUUAUGUCUGUAUACAGGUUCAGCUGCUUUUAGUGAAUGAACUUCAAACAUCCCACUUAGUUAAUCAUAGCAUUGUAUAAGCAUUCAGAAGAAAGCAUACCAUCUGUAUAAAUGCAAAUAAGAAGGUUUAGGAAGUCAAUCUCAAUUUAGGAUAAACAAGAACAGCUAUACUGACUUAGUGUAAAGCUCAUAAAACAAGUUGAAUCAAAGUAUAAUAGUAAUAGUAACAGAUACUAAAGAGUGAAGUAGAAACAGCAGAGCAUAUACAAUGAUUCUUACCUUUGAGUCACUUGCCAACAUUGACUUAUUGUUGGACUUUUGAAGACCUGAUAAGUUGAAGAUUUCAGAUGUUGUCUUUUAUAGUAUAUGAUUAUAUUUAUCUGUGAUGAAUUUUUCAAAUGCCUUUUUGGACAUUUUUACUUUUCGUCUCCUCAGCAUCCUUUGGGAAUACUUCUCAAGUCUAAAGAAUGCUUUGCAUUUAGGGAAAAACACUUGUUUUUUGCUAACAGUUUCCUUGGCUCCCUCAGUUCUUAUGUUACAUGAAAUAUCUAAAAUAUAGUGAGAGUACAUUUUCAGCAUGAUUUUGUAGACUGAAAUAGAUGAGAAGCUAAAGGGACUUCUUAGUUCCUAUUUUAUUUUAUUUUAUUUUAUUAAAAAAUUUUCAAGCAUUGUUGAUACUUCUUGCAUAUAAUGCAUUUUGUCUUUUUUCAUGUUACUGUGUACCUUCUUGGAGUUUGUUGUUGCAAAUAUGAAAAUCAAAGAGAAUAUGUAGUUUAAUUGUAUUUACAAAUAUGUACAUCUUCCAACUUCCCACUUUAUUUUUGUAGCAAUAAUAUUGAUCCUAUAUUCAUGUGAUUGACAGUAUCCUAUUGAGGUGUUAGAUUGCUUCAAUGCUAUGAACUUUAUUAAGUUUUUUGCACUUUGAUUUUAUUAAGAAGCUGGAAUAUAUGAAUUUCUGGUGUGUUUACAUGCAUUGGUUAGCAGUGUUUGGUGAUGUGAUUCGAUUGCCAAUAAAUGGGUGUGCAGGGCAUUUUGAGAGGAAGUUUGGUGUCCCACCUAGGUUAUUUAUAGCUACUGUUCUGGUCCACUGUCAUACUUACCCCACCCCUGCCAAAACCUUUGGUACCAAAGGGUGUCUUCAUUGGCACUGGGUAACUAGGUGUGAGCAACUGAACCAGGGCCUUAAUUUUGGCAGGGGGGAAGGGUGGAGGGAUGCACAGUGGAUUGUGACCAGUGCUAUUGAAGACAGAAGUAAUAUAUAUCUAAGUAUUACUUGAAAAGAUCAAGAUUAGUCAGGAGUUUUCAGCAAUAAAUGCAGCAGUUGUUGCUUAAUGGCAUUUCACAACGUCUGGUUACCAGUUAGAAUCAGUAAUAACUGUGGCAGCAGGAUGGACAUAAUGUGCCGAGUUUCGGGUAGAUUUUUCAUUAUUUAAUCUGUAUUAUAAUCUCAUGCUAUAUAAUAGGAAAUAAUCUGUGGGUUGUAUGUGCCCAAAUAAGAUUUCUGUGUCCACUGAAACCUGGAAAUUUCAGCAGAAUGCUGAUUGUUGUUGGAGCCGGGGUUAUAUUAUGAUUUAAUGACUUUUCUUGGCUUCAUUGGAUGACCUGGCCUAGAAAAACAUUUUGAAGUAAUAAAGCGUCUGUUUGGCUCCAAACUAAUGAGAGAAGCAUUGCUCUUUGCAUAAACUGUUCUUUAGGAAAAGCCAUGGAGACCUACUAAUAAACCUUAUUAAAUAGCUUAAGCAAGAUUGAAGGAAACAGAAAACAAAGAAACUAUUCCCUUCCAUGUGAAGUGAGUACAUUAAAAAAAAAAAAAAAAAAAAAGGCAAGCCCAAAGCGUUUUUGCCUCCCCUCCAUGUGACUUGCAGCCUGCUGCACUUCAGUUACGUCGCCUCUGAGAGAUGUUAAAGUGCAGCUCAGUUUAAUGAAGGAGUGGAUAGGACAAAUCAAGGCUAGAGACAAUUUACGGCAGGGACUGGAUAAUCACUCCAUUUAGGAGGCUAAUACUGUGUGCUGAGAACAGAAAAGAAAUGGAGGACUGGAUAAGCUCUCUGAAGUCCGUUCAGUCCAGAGAACACUAUGAGACCGCACAGUUUAAUGUGGAACAUUUCUCAGGGAUGCAUAACUGGUACGCCUGCUCCCACGCCCGACCCACCUUCUGCAACGUGUGCAGAGAGAGCCUCUCUGGAGUCACUUCUCACGGCCUGUCUUGUGAAGUGUGUAAGUUUAAAGCACAUAAAAGAUGUGCAGUCCGAGCAACAAAUAACUGCAAAUGGACUACAUUAGCAUCAAUUGGAAAAGACAUCAUUGAAGAUGAAGAUGGUAUAGCGAUGCCUCACCAGUGGCUAGAGGGAAACCUGCCCGUCAGUGCCAAAUGUGCAGUCUGUGACAAGACUUGUGGCAGUGUUCUACGCCUGCAAGAUUGGAAGUGCCUUUGGUGUAAAGCUAUGGUUCACACGGCCUGUAAAGAUCUGUACCCUCGUAAAUGUCCACUUGGCCAAUGUAAGGUAUCGAUCAUCCCUCCAACAGCACUAAACAGUAUAGACUCCGAUGGUUUCUGGAAAGCCACAUGCCCGCCAUCCUGUGCCAGUCCUCUUUUAGUUUUUGUUAACUCAAAGAGUGGAGACAAUCAGGGAGUAAAGUUUCUUCGUCGAUUCAAACAGUCGUUAAAUCCAGCUCAGGUCUUCGAUUUAAUGAAUGGAGGACCUCACUUAGGUUUGCGAUUAUUUCAGAAGUUUGACAACUUCAGGAUUCUUGUGUGUGGUGGCGAUGGAAGCGUGGGUUGGGUCUUGUCAGAAAUUGAUAAGCUCAGCUUGCACAAGCAGUGUCAGUUAGGAGUGUUACCCCUUGGUACUGGAAAUGACCUUGCCCGUGUCCUUGGUUGGGGAGGAUCCUGUGAUGAUGAUACGCAACUUCCUCAGAUUUUGGAAAAACUAGAACGAGCCAGCACGAAAAUGUUAGACAGGUGGAGUAUAAUGUCAUAUGAACUGAAAUUACCAGCAAAGCCUUCUAUUCUUCCUGUGACUGCAGAAGAGUCAGAGGAGUGCCAGAUAUCUGCUUAUGAGGAUUCAGUUGCUGCUCAUCUUGCAAAAAUUCUCAAUUCUGAUCAGCAUUCAGUUGUCAUAUCAUCUGCCAAAAUAUUAUGUGAGACUGUAAAGGACUUUGUUGCCAAAAUAGGGAAGACUUACGAAAAACCAAUGGAAAAUGCAGAGGAAGCUGAUGCCAUGGCCAUUAAAUGCUCAGAGCUAAAUGAAAAGCUGGACCUAUUGCUCCAGGCCCUUCACACCGAAGCCCAGGCUGCUCCCAUUCUCCCAGGCAUUGCUCCCCCCAUCGUGGAAGAAGAACCGGAGGAGUUCUCAAGUGAAGAAUCCUUGUCUGAAAGUAAAGAGCAAUUAGCAGAGUGUGUCUCAAAGUCUUCCCAGAAGCUCUUCAAACCAAGGCAACAGUUAAUGCUCCGAGCAAACAGCUUGAAGAAGGCUGUGAGGCAGAUCAUUGAACAAGCAGAAAAAGUUGUGGAUGAGCAGAAUGCUCAUAGUGAAGAACAAGUGAACCAGUCUCCAGUAGAAUACAGCAAAGAAUUGGAUGAAUCCAAAGAAGAGGAAAAAGAGGAAGAUACAAAGGAACUUGAGUCUCCAUCAACUAAGACUGCACCAAGAUCUCCUGAUAGACGUACAAGCCGAGGUAUCCAUUCUCAGACAGGUUCCUUCUCUGCUCCAGCUUUGGCAGCAAGCAAGGAAAACCUCCCAGUACUUAACACAAGGAUUAUCUGUCCAGGUUUAAGGGCUGGUCUAGCUGCUUCCAUUGCAGGAAGUUCAAUUAUUAGCAAAAUGUUGCUAGCAAACAUCGAUCCAUUUGGUGCUACGCCGUUUAUUGACCCGGAUCCAGAUUCCUUGGAGGGAUAUUCAGAAAAAUGUGUCAUGAACAACUACUUUGGAAUUGGGUUAGAUGCAAAAAUUUCAUUAGAAUUUAAUAACAAGCGAGAAGAGCACCCCGAAAAAUGCAGAAGUCGGACGAAAAACAUGAUGUGGUAUGGAGUUCUUGGCACAAAAGAGCUAUUGCAGAGAACUUACAAGAACUUAGAACAAAAAGUUCAACUUGAGUGUGACGGACAGUACAUCCCCCUUCCAAGCCUGCAGGGUAUAGCUGUGCUAAACAUUCCCAGCUAUGCUGGUGGGACUAAUUUCUGGGGUGGAACCAAAGAAGAUGAUAUAUUUGGAGCUCCGUCGUUUGAUGAUAAAAUCUUAGAAGUUGUUGCUGUAUUUGGCAGCAUGCAGAUGGCAGUGUCCAGAGUCAUCAAACUGCAGCACCACAGGAUAGCUCAGUGUCGCUCAGUAAAGAUCACCAUACUUGGUGAUGAAGGGGUUCCAGUGCAAGUCGAUGGAGAGGCAUGGAUCCAGCCCCCGGGAGUUAUUAAGAUCAUACAUAAAAACAGAGCUCAGAUGCUAACACGAGACAGAGCCUUUGAAAACACCCUGAAGUCUUGGGAGGACAAACAGAAGUAUGAUUCCUGCAAACCUGUCAUUCGAUCUCCCUUGUACCCUCAGCAAGCUGUUGAGUUGGCUACAGAAGAAGAAGUUGCACAGAUCCAGUUGUGCUCACAAGCUGCAGAAGAACUUAUUACCAGGAUCUGUGAAGCAGCAAAAGUACACGGCCUCUUGGAGCAGGAGCUUGCUCAUGCUGUUAAUGCAUGUUCACAUGCAUUAAAUAAAGCCAACCCAAGGUUUCCUGAGAGCCUUACCAGAAACACUGCCAUGGAGAUUGCUGUCAAUGUGAAGGCCUUACACAAUGAAACAGAAUCUCUGCUAGUAGGAAGAGUUCCUUUGCAGUUAGAAGCUCCCCAUGAAGAACUGUUGUCUGAUGCUUUGCACAGUGUGGAAGUAGAGUUGAGAAAACUUGCUGAGAUUCCUUGGCUUUAUUAUGUUUUUCAACCAAAUGAUGAUGAGGAUCCCCCUCUGGAUUAUGCUAAAAGGAAUAAUAGAAGUACAGUGUUUCGUAUAGUGCCAAAGUUUAAAAAAGAAAAAAUUCAGAAGCAUAAGACCAGCCCUCAGCCUGUUCAAAAAUGGGGCACAGAUGAAGUUGCUGCUUGGCUGGAUCUGCUCAGUUUGGGAGAGUACAAAGAAAUCUUCAUCAGCCAUGACAUCCGAGGCUCUGAGCUUUUACAUCUGGAAAGGCGAGACCUUAAGGACCUGGGGAUAACGAAAGUGGGUCAUAUGAAGCGAAUUCUCCAGGGAAUUAAAGAGCUCAGCAAGAACACCCCUUUGUCUGAAGUGUAAUUAUGCUGGUGCUUUUCUUAAAGAGAGAAGAGCAAGUUGCUGGAGAAGCAAAGCUGUUGCAGGCACUUGGCUGUCCUUGUAGUUUAUGGAAGAAUAAGCUGUAUUUGUACAGGCUAGCAUCUCUGAAUUCUUGUGCGGUGAAGAACUUGCAGCAAGAGUACAAAAGGAUUUGUGCCAAAACAAAAAGGAAAAGGUGAUAUGUUCUGCGAAGAUGUUUUCUUGGCGUGCAAAUUGGCCAGUUUGGAUAAGCCCAGUUUGGUUAAUUGAUCGGUUGCUGGUGAACUGCAAUGACUGGAAAAUAUAAUCAAGGAAUGAUUGCUUUGCUUACAUGCAGCUCAGUAUGCCUCUCUUUAUGCUGCAGCAAGAUGCCACUGUACAGCAUGAGGUCAUCUGGUUUUCCUUCCGAGGCGUAGCUCUGUGAAGCCUCCUGUGCAGGAGACCAGGAAGUUUGGAAGGUUCAACACGGAGCCUGGCAGUGCCGCAGGUAUCCAGCACUCGCUGGCCAUGCAGAAGAGGGGAGAGAUACCUCAUGAUACCAUGAACGCAAACUAUAAUGCAUGGUGUGCCUGCCUGAAUUGUCUGUUGUUCUGUUGCAUGACACAUCUGAUACUUUAAACACUUGAACAACUUUUUUAUCGGUUUGAAUGAGAUUUAAUUUAUUGCUACUUGAGUGUCUUUUUUUUUUUUUUUCUCCAAUUUCAGGCACUUUUCUAUUCUUCAGUGUUGUGUUAUGCCUAAAAUGCGUUCUACGGCAAAGGGUGUGUGGGUGUGGAAACUUAGCAUUUGUGCCAUAUUCAGCAGAUUAUAUAUGAUUGAAACACUGUACAGUUAGAUUUUUAAAUAUAUCAUGUACAGAAGGUUUAUCAGGUAACUAACUUAUGAGAAUUUUUGAAAGACCGGUACCUCACAAAAACAUCAAUUGGCUUCCUGCAUGGAAAAUGAUAAAGAAUCUUCUCAAUGGUGCAUUUUAAUGUAGUUAUUCAGUUAUCUUAAACAUCUGUAGCAUAUUUGAACUUGUAGGCACUAAUGGUUUUAUUUAUUCUAUUGUUCAAAAGCAGGUUUAAAUAUUAAUGAAAUUUUCUUAAAGAAAAAUUUAAUUUUAUUUAUCAUACAUAAGAAGAUAUUUAAAAUGUAGCAGCUGAUUUGAUUUUUGUGGGGUAAACUUUUACUUGUUGCUAAUUAACUAUUAAUUUAAAAAUGCAUCUGUGUGCAUUUUUUAAAAGGGUAUUAGUUUGUUUCUUGACAGCACUCCACCAUCAGUAGACCAUAAAAAUUAAAAAAACCCAGACUAUAAGGUUUUAGGCUAUGCAUGCUAAGAUGGAUCACAUGCAAGAUAGUAACCCAUGAGUAUAAACAGGUUAAAAAAAUUAAAACCAUCUUUGUUUAGAUAUUGCUCUAUACCAGAGUUUGUAAGUUUAUUUACACUUUACUGAAAUGAAACAGGUUAAUAAUUUAAUUUCCUGGUUAACUUUUCACAAAAGUAUUAAUCUAGCCAGAAAAUAAAUUUGAGAUAUCUACAAAAGAAAUCCUACCUAAAUGUUUGACAUGAGAUGACUUUGCACCACCUGCCAGAAAACUUGCACAGAAUUGCUCUCUCCUUGCUGUUUCUAGCAAUGUGUCAUUGCAGCACAAAGAAUACUUGACUUUCACUUAAUCAAGUAGCUUUGAUAUUUCUUGCAUGUUAAAGAGUAUCUUAACAUCUAUUUAUGUUUUCCUCAUGGGCAGCAGAGUAAGGUUUCAUUUGGUUUUUACCAAAAUUAUUUCCUUGUAUAAAGGGCCAAUGUCAAGUACUGCAUCCUGGUUUUGCCCUCCAUUUCUCAUGCAUAUGACCAGAGAUGUUCCAUGGCAAGUAGAUGGGACUCAUCCCCUGGAAAGUAUGAUCUAUUAUACUCAUUGUUUUAUUGGAGAAAAAAAAAUCAAAAUAAUCAAAACAGGCUUAAUUUUUAUCUUAUUUUCUUUCUUUGAGUUCUUGCUGCUGUAGGUUCAACAGGCACCACUCUGGGAGUUCUGUGGACAUAAUGAUUAUUCUGGUAAACAAACAAAAGUAAAAGGCAAUUUUCUAGUAGGUUUUGCAUAAAAAAAACCAAACCAAAGUGCAUUUGCCAAAUUAUAUGACUUUCAGGCUGUUGUAUGAAAAGCAUAUGAAAAAAAUGGAAAGCUAGGCAAACAAUGGAAAGUUUGUUUGUUUUGGUUCUAUUUUAAAGUACUUGACAUUCACCCCUUUAAUGACGUUCAGGUGACAUCUGCCAAGUCUUUGUAAGCUUUAUUUUCUUUUCUCUUUGAUUCUUCAUAAGCUACACCGUAUUUUAACAUGUGGCAGCAUUUUAGCAUAUUGACAUUACAGUAGACAAUAUAGCUUAUCUUCUGGUCUAUUCAAGGAUGUAAUACAUAGCAGAACUUUCUUUGCUUUCCUGAUUGUAAGAUACAAUCUCUUUACAACUUUCAGCCUUGCUGUAUGUAAUGCAUUGAGAUGGGCUGUGGAACCAGAUCUCUUCAAGUCACUGUAGAGGUCUAUGCUGAGUAUGUUAAAGAACGGGAGCUGCUUUUGGGCAGGGAAAAUGGGAAAAUUUUGUUUGUAACACAAUUUCUUAAGGCACUCCUCAAAUUACCUCAGUAUAGGACAACUGACUGAUCAAUGUUCAUUUUUCUAAAUGACCACCAAAGAAUUUAACUUUGAUUGUCCUAAGCAGUUUUAUAAACAUGUGAAUAGGAAAAAACUGUAAGUAUCAUUUAUGCUGUAUUUAUUAGAUGCCCAGGAGAGCAAAUUUUAUGCAACUCUAUGCCUUAGACUAGUGUUGGCUAUGAAGUGCAAAUGCAUCUGACAAGGAGGCUCAGAAUAUUUUUAUAGGGGUUCUCCGGAGGUCGUGGGUUGUAGCUGUGUUUAAGUGAUGUGGCUUUUUAGAUUAUCUGAACCCAGUGUAACUCUCUCAUGGUUAUUCUAAGUAUUGGGUUUUUUUCCUUACUGCUGUAAAAGCCCCAGCUCCUAGAACUAAUUACAUUUUUUUUUAAAUGAACUGUAAAAGCCCCAGCUCCUAGAACUAAUUACAUUUUUUUUAAAUGAACUGUAUUCUCCCUAAUUUAAUCCUGCCGUAAAAAGUGCUUCAAAGCACACAUCCCAAUAUCUCAACAAAACCAAGGUAAACACAUCCCUAAAAGCAGUUAGCUUUUCAGAAAACAAGAUCCUGUGGAGCCUGAUUCAGCAUGCUAGAUUUAUCAAGACAAUCCCUAUACAGAGUUUACUGGAUUAAAUUUUUCCUCUCCAGUCAAAUACAUGCUAUUUCUGUGGUCAGUAUACAUUAAAGCCUGAAGGGAGUGCAGAGUAAUCUGCAUUUUUUUGUAGUGGCUGGUAUUCAUAUAGAUGAAAGCUCUAUACCUCAGAGAGAGGAACACAAGAGCUGCAUGCUUUAAAAUUGCAGCAGGUUGCUAAAUAUGAGUUGCUGUUUUGUCAUUUUCAAAUAGGAUUUUCUCAGUUCACUGUAUUUGAUUGCUGUAGCAACCUCUGAUUUAGGUCAUGCAAGUUUUGCCUUGAUAAAGCCUCAUGACUUCUUUUUAGAAACUGAAUGAAAUCAAGCCAACUCAUGGUUUUAGGUGUUGGGGAUGUUUUGCAAUAAUUCAAAGAAAGAAGAUUUAAAAAUCAAUUUUUUAUAAGGUGGCAAGGGAAAAUUUUCUUUGAUACAUAUUUAUGUCUCUCCCCUUAAACACUAUUUUUUUUCUCCUGAAUGUCUAUUUCUUUCAAAGAAAGAUGCUUUGAACUUGGAAGAACAGUAAAGUGUAAAGCAUGUGAUCAAAAAUCCUGCCAGACGAUUUCAUUCCAGUAUUUCUUGUUUUGGGACUGGAAUUAACAUGCUUGGUCCUGUAAAUAACAAAUAGAAAUCACCUUUAUCUCUCUAUCCCUGCCCAAAAUAAUUAAUACUGCAAUGCUGCAUAGCUGUAAUUCAAAGGAGAGGUAUUGAUUUUUUUUUUCUUCAUAAACGUCCAUUUUAUAUUUUCCCAUGCUUUUUUUGUAGAGAAAUAGAUAACCUGCCAAUUUUACUUUUUAAUUGAACUUGCUCAUGCUAUUAAUGAAAAUUUCAUAAAGCCUUGGUAAUGAGCAUUACUUCAAGGGUAAAAUUAUCAGUGAUUUUCAAUGCAUGUGGUCUUCAUUUCAGGAAGACUGGCAGGAGACCCUUUUCACAUGUAAUGGAAAAUUAAUAUAUACAGCAAAUAUGAGAGGAUGUUCCAUAGUCCUAAUUUAAAAACAGUUGUAGUAAUGUACUUGCAAGACAAAACCCCCUAUGGUGACUCUGUUUUGCUUGAUGCUUCCUGUUAAUGAUUGCAUUAGUAGUGUUUACAGCUAUUUCUGCAGUGCUCUCUGUGUGCCCCUAAAUAUUAAGUUCUUGCCUAUGAGUUCUUGCCUAUGAGUUCAACAGUUCUGGUAAUUAAUAAGUAGCAGUGCAAAAAGUCUUUGUGAAAGAUAAAGUCACAAGGAAUGUAUCUCACUGAGGAUAACUGAGCUGGAGCAAUUUGUUUAGCUCACAACCAGGAAAUCAUCUUGUCACUUGUAUGAGUGAGAGCCACAGAAAAUAAAAUUAAAGAAGUAAUUUUAAAUUUAUUUUUUCACCCCAAUAACUUAAGUACCUCUCAACUGCAGCAUCCUGUCUACAUUUAUAACACAGGCUGUCCUGUAUUUUUUUAUUCUGUUUUCAUGGAUUGUAUGUUUUGUGGUAUGAUUUUCAUAUCAUCAAGGUUUGAUGCUGCUUAUUCUAACUGCAAGGAUUUAAUGUUUGCAAGAACUGUACAUAACUGUAUUGCUGUCUUAAGGAACAAGUUUUUGAUGACUUGAGGAAGCUGAGGAGUUGGGACAGGAUUUAAGCUUUGGACAGGACUUUAAAUAUCUCUGCUUUCUCUUCAGAGAUGAAUAGUAGCAUCAGCAGGAUUGACAAAGCAACAUUUGGUAAUUAUGAAUAUAAACUCUUUACUGGUUGUAUAAAUUUCUGUAUUUAUAUCUAGAGUAUAAUGUGGAAUGGAUCUUUUUUACAAAAAGAAAAAAAUUUCUAGUUGUUUUCUACUACUGUUGCAUUAGUAGAAUUUACAUUUCUUAGCUCUGUUAAGUGUUAACUUAUGUACUUGAAAUGUUUGUUUCUGCCAUACCGAAGACCAGUGUGUUUCUCAGAAAUUAUAAUCCACUUGGAAGCCAUCUGGAGACCUUGAGAGGACUAUUUCUGUAGCCAGUUGGAGUUAAUACCAAAAUUCAUAACAACUUCUGUAGGCUUAAUAGUAAUCACCCUCAGUACUUUACCUGAAAAAAAGAAUUUUGAAAGGUUUGUGGUUUUUUUCAACGCAUAGAAUUAAUCUUAAAAUAUCAUCCAUUGUGAUAUGUAAAUUUAAAAAUAUUAGCAUUGUUAACACUUUUGCAAAGAAGCAAAAUGCUGAUGAAUACACACCCAAGAGUAUUCCUGGACAAAUUUUAAUUAAUUUAGCUGUAGUGGUUAAAGACCUAUCACCUUCAGAACACUCAACAGAAAAUUCAUAUGUGUACAUGGUAGAAUUACGAACAUGUGUUUUAAAUAAUUAAAGAUUUGUUUCCCAUUUGACAAAAACUUGAUGAGCUCUCUGAUGGGAUUUUGAGUUCCUAUAACCUAUUGCUUGUAUUAGUGGGGCAGAAGAAGCUGGUGCCUCAUUUAUGUUUAACACCAGUCAUGCCUUCAUUCAAGUUUUUAGGUUGCUUCCCAGCUCCUGUGUCUGGAUGAGCUCCCAGCUUCUGGCAAGAUGAGACCCUUGCAUGUGUCUCCAUGGUUUCUGUUCAGAAGAGCUGGACAGGCAGGCCAGGAAAAAGUUGUAGGGUGCUCGAGGAAAGACACACCAAGGCUUCAGGCUCCAAAGCCUAGCAUAGCCAUGGUGGACUAAAAUCUUUUAAGUUAUAUUUUUACAGUCCCUGCUGGAAGCUCCAUCUAACAAUUAACAAGAGCUACCAGAGUGCCCUUGGACAGAGACGUGUUAUGGCUAGCUCUACCAGCUGUAUCAGACAUUGAAAAUACUGAACCUUGUGGUAGCUAUUGGUGGGACAAUAUCCAAAUAGCCAGUGAGUAUUUUAUUCUGUGGAACGUAGACUUUGGAAAAAUAUAGUUUGUAGUAUUAUUCAAAGACUAGUGUUAGGAUUGAAAAGCUACUGAAUAUAAAUGCAAUGUGGUGCAAAAUUUUAAGUCAUUUGCAACUAUCUUUUUCCAAAUUCAUUGGAAGCAACUAUUUUAGGGAGCUGUGUUUGAUCCAGGUAGACAAGAGGGUGUGAACUGGAAGGUGGGAACAGGAAGAAAUGAACUCAAAUUGGAUGGUUUGUUUUCAUUAUGGGAACUGUGUGUAAAGCCAAAAACAAAAUCUCCACAGUGCCCCAAAUCCCUUCCAUGACAUUGUAAAUGGAAUAGCAUUUUAAGUCCCAAAUUUUUUAAACUAAUGCAUUAAUUGGAUAAAAAACCAGUUUAAUUAAUAACCUGACAGUGUCAUUAACAGGGAAAGAGUUAGAGACACAACUGUUUUUCUCCUGGUGUUAGUUGAAGUAAGUUCUGUUUGGGACUAAUUCUCUUUGCAGUCAGUCAAUAAUUUUGUGAAUGGGGAGAUUGAGGGAAGCCCUUCAAAGCUGCUUGGUCUUGCUUUUCAGAGAGAGAGAGAGCAUGUGUGCUGAACAGUAGAGCCUGGAGGCUUUUAAUGAGAAUUUCAAGGAUACAAGAUAUUCUAGUUGGAUAGUUUAGGAAGGUUUACAAGGAGCACACAAGCAUGCAGAUUCUCACUGUGAAGGUUCCUAGCAGCACUGUCCUCUCACAAGAUGCCAUGUCUAUACAUUGAAGCAGGCAUUUGGACUGUGUCCCUAGCCACAUUCCAGAGGAUUUUCUACAGGCAUCUGUCACCUGUGGUGUCUGUACUUUCUGUCUUGGUUUUAUGUCUCCUUUAAUCGGGUACCUUGAAAAAUGUGGUUGUCCAUAUUUGACAAAAAUUACCAUUUUUCCCACUCAAGGAGCACAGCUUGUGAACCUGUCCUGAAAUAAUUUGUUUCACUAGCCACUUUUUUACAUCAUAUCCAUUGAAUCCUAAAAGAGCUGAAACUCUUUUAGGCACCUCCCUAGAGCUGCCAGUUACCUUAGGAAUUUAAUAUGCUUGUAUGUCAAUGGGAUCAUCAAAGGGCAAGGUGAUAUUCAUAGUGGCAGAUGAGACAUGCAAUAGAUGGGAUUUGCACAUAAGGAGUACAAGCUGUUCAGAUGCUCCUGAAAGGUGAAGGGGGCCUGAUCUCUGCACCUUCCCUCUGGCUCUUCUUUGUUGCUGUCAUCACACACAAAUAAUUUAAUGUCAUAUAAUAUUAGCAGCUUCUUGUCUUCAUUCAUGGUGACAGCAAACCUAUCAGUCACUACUAAUGAAACUUCUCACUGUCACAUCUGUCUGUCUAGAGCAGGUAUCUUCAAAUAUUGAGCACUAUGGAGUUGCAUUAAUGUAUUUUUAAUGUAUGUUCUGGCAUUUAAGAAAAAUAAAUUUCAUCUAAAGGUAUUUCAAAGGUUCUGAGAGGAUCCCAGCCCAGCUUGGGUGGUUUCUGUCAUUAGCCAGGCUUGUGACUUACACUGGUAUUCCAGUCAAGUUCAUCUGUUAGUUAAAUCUGUUGUAACAUCCACUUACAUGCAUGAGUGGAUGCAUGAACUACACAUGGAAGCGUUGCAGAGAUGGUGGGACACUGUCUUGUUCUCGCAUAACUCAUAUAUUUGGGUCUAAAUGGCAGUUUGCAGCAAAGAGCUGAAACAUGUGAUUUCCACUCAAUCCAAACCUAUAUUCAGUUGAAAACGAAAACAUCAAACGUGGUUUGCCUGGGUCUAGGUAAAAUCUGGUGUGUACUCAGUAGUUUCUGCCCUUUGUUUCCCCUUCUUCAUUCCACAAGGAAGUCCAUCAUCUUUGCAAUCAUAUAAAUCUUUUGGGACCCUAGGCAUAUGCUGUGUUUUAAACAGUACUUUAGGCCCCUUGGAGAUUGUUCUUGUAUUUCACUUACAGCAUUUACAUGUAAGCCUACAGAUGAUUUUCUUGGAGAGAAAUUGCUCCUCACAUAAAAGCGAUCCUCAAAUUGAUCAUGGGUAGGCUUUUACAUGCCAUACCCAUGAAUGUCAUUCUCUUGCCAGUAUUUGUGUGGAUGGAUGUAGAUAUGUAGUACCUAGUUCAUAGUGAGAGCACACCUGUACAUAGAGAUGUAUAUACAUACCCUGGUUUUGCCCAAUAUAACAAUGCCAACUUGUGUGUAGAGCCAAAAAAAACCUUAAAACUAUACAGUGCUUGAGAUGCUGCAUUGUUUUUAUUAUAGUAUUUUUUAUAUCAGAUAAAUUGCAGGAUGUUUACAGAUGCUUAUUAAUAUUUAACUUAUACAAUGGGGUGACAGGAUGUUUAUGAUUGUUGUCAGCUAAAGAAUUGUAUAUGAUUCUGGGUGAAAUUUUGGCUUUUUUGAAAUCCUUGGCAAAACUCCCAUUGAUCUCAUUGGGGCCAAGAUUAAACUCCUCUGAAUCUAUUGUUUACUGGCUAUUUUCCUACUGUGAUAAUUUUUUUAAUGAGUGAAAUGUAUUUAUUUUUUCCCAAUGUGAAAUCUGCAGUUUCUAUUUGGAUUUUUCUGUGGAACCUGCAAACUACAACACAGGUGGGAAUAUAUGCCUCAAAGACUGUACAGAAUUUUUCAUUGAUCUGGUCCUUGAAUACGCCUAAGAAAAUACCUUCUAAAAUAACUUUUCUAAGAUUUAAUACAGAAUCAUCUAAAAAAAGAUCACCUUUCAUGCCUCUCCUCUCUCACAAAGAGGGAAUACAAUGUGGCAGGUGAAUGGGAAGAAGUAUUCAUUGAUAAAUAAAAAGUAGUCCUGUCUGUUUUCUGUACCUACGGAUCUCAUGCAGCUCACCUGUCUCUGCAGAUCUGGUAUGAGACACUUGAAGUACCUUAUCCAAAAGUACCUUAUUGGGGAAAAAAUAUUACAUAGUAAGUAUGUGGCUUUAAGCUUCUCAUCAAGACAUGGAGGUAUCUUCAGAGCCAGUGUGUUGAAUAACUUUUUAUAUUCCCUAGAUCAAUUAAAAUUAUGAAAAUAUUAAGUGGUAAGGCAAGUCAGACAACUGCUUGACAUUAGAGAAAUCACUUGUCUAGAGGCAGAAGGAACAGUUCUUUAAUAGCACAAGGAGGAAAUAUACCAUAAUGCAGCGCUUCCUAAAUCCCUUUCCAGGGUAUCUUUUAAUUACGUAUGCUCAAAGUGUAUUCUUCCUGUAAAAAAACCCAUAUGGCUGUGAAACAGCUAAGCAGAUGCAUCCUAAUUUCUUCAUCUAAGGCUAAAAUACCAUUUUCAAAUAAGAGCUGUCAUGCACUUUGAAAUACAUAUGUUGGGAACAGGUUAGUUUAUAUUUAUCAUAGAUAGUCAUCCCAGGGAUAGUCGGACAUGUAAAAUGAGGUAGUUAUGUCAAGGUUAUCAAAAGCUGAAGAAAUAACAUAGCAGACACCUUCCUUCACAAGGCUCUUUCUGAAGACAUCUGUGCAAAUGUCCACCACUUCCAGGAGUCUUUUCCUGUAAUUUUGUUUAAGAAAGGAUCAUAUUCAGAUUCCUAUCCUUCCCCUUGCUAAUAAGGCAGGAAGUUUGCACCUUGUUGAACGUUCUAGGAGUUUGUUGGCUGUAGAAACAGACCUCAAAAGAAUAAACAUUUGAGGCAAUCAGUAGGCUUGCGGAGGAUGCACAGGGCUCUGUCUGGGCUCCUUAGUCUGCUAAUGUGGCUCUGAUCACAGGUUACUGGGGGAAAAGCUCCUAUGGUGCUCCUGCUUCACUUGGUGGCAAGGCUCCGUGGUUGUCAGUGGGGCAGAUGGGUGCCAAGCGAGCAGACACCUUUCCUUUUGUGUGUUGGUUGGCUUUCUGCGAUUCUAAUCAGGGCUGGAGUUCAGGACACACCUUUGUUUGUCUGCAAGGCCAUGUGAUAGCUGAGGAAAUGAGGAGGAAGUGGCUGAAGGUCUGGAUUCUGCCUUUGGUUUCCUGCCAGUGGAGCUGGUGUAAGACUGGGGGUAGUGUAGUUAACCUUUGAGUGCCUCACUUUCUCCACCCAAGGGAAUAGGGAUGCUCACCACCUCUGUACAGCCCCCUCGAGUCCUGUAGGAGAGCAGUGUUAUGUAAACCGCUGAGUUUUACCCACACUAUUAUAUGUAGUAAAAAUAAAUUAUUUCUGUUCAUAACACUGCAAGAAUUGCUUUUCCUAGUUCCAGUUGUCUUUGAUGACCUACUAUGUCCUGGGCAGUCAGUUUUAAAGCUUAGCAAUUGCUCUAAUACUUAGAAUUACACACAUAGCAGGCUCUGUUUGCUGCAGAAAAGAGUAAAACUGCCUGACAAAACUUGCCAAUGAAGUAUAUCUAACAGAGCAGGGGUGUAACUUUUGGCUUUAUUUACUUGUAAUAAUGGUAAGGAACAGUGAAUUUUGUUUGUUUACAUACUGUUUACAAUGGCACAGUUUUAUUUUUAAUAUAUAAAAACAAUUGAGGUAUUUAUUGCAUAUACUAUUUUAAAGAUGUUUUAUGUGUUUUCACCUUUGGAAUAUAUUGUUACAUUUCCUUGUACAGAUAAUUUGGGUGGCUUUGUUAAUAUAGUUAGUAAUUUUUAUGACUACUAAGUGACCAGUUUUCUGUGCCUUUUUAUUGUUGGAUGCAUGAUUACAUAUUUAUUAUUGUAUGGAAGUCACUGAGAUGUGUAUUUUUGUAUUCUGCUGGAAGCAAUGGUUGAUUUUAUUGUACAUGAUAAGAGAUGCCUUCCAUAACAGGCACUCGUAUGAGAUCUUCCUUCUCAAAUAAACAGAAUGCAUUCAAUGUACA